ACACCCGCAAGUAAUAAAAAUCAACCAGUUGUUUUUUCUUUGAAAAUAAUAAUUGUUAGUAUUGUUAGUUAUUGUUUCGGAGCUACUUAACUAUCAUAGGAAUAGCUAGUGUUGUUGCAUGUGAUUUUCUGUACAAUAUGGGCUUUAAUUAUUAUUAUUUUAACCAGCUUAUACUUAUUAAUUGCGGAUGCCCCAACGCCUGCUAUGCUAUGAGCACGUGAGGGAAAACCGCAGCCAAAAAGUUGUUGGAGUGGUGUGUGUAAAACGAGAACACGUCACAUUUAUUUUGAAAGAAAUAACCGGAAGCUCAGUUGCAUGCUCGUAUUUUGGCUGCUGUACGUCAAAGCGAUUCUUCAGUGUUUUGGUGCAAGCCGAAGGCGCUCGCCAAAAUGACAGCGAAGAAGUCUGGCUCACGACUGGAGACUGAGAUUGAGCGGUGUCGUUCCGAGGCCCAAUGGGAUAAAAUACCGGAGUUGGUUCGGCAACUUUCAGCUAAAUUGAUAUCAAACGAUGAUCUUGGAGAGCUGUUGUUGGGGGAAUGCAAGCUUCUGACAUACCUAAAGGAGAAUCCAAUCAAACAGGGCGCGAGUCCGAGGGGCCCACGACCAAAACUAGUGGAGGUCAGGAAGCACCUCACUGCUGCCCUGGACAGAGGAAACCUCAAGGCUGAUUACCUCCAGGAAGCAAGUCUUCUCAUGGCCAAACUUAGUUAUGUUGAGGCAGAAUACACAGACGCUUUAGGUCACUAUAACAGGGUAAAUUUGGACGACAUGCAGCUGGCGGGAGCCCCAGUUUAUAGGCUGUCUAUGAUAGCGGAAGCCUAUGCAACUAAAGGCUUGUGUCUAGAGAAAGUCCCAGCACCUUCUCCGCUGCUUUCCAAUAAGAAAGGCAGUUCUCCCUCCACCGAUCGGAACACAUCUGAGCGGGAGCAGGAAAUCAUUACCUGCUAUGAAAAGUCUGGAGACAUUGCUUUGCUGUACUUGCAAGAGGCUGAAAAGGCUUUGUCAGCUGGAAUUCAGAAUCGCAGCCCAAAGCCUGGUCCAGCUUCCCAGGACCAGGAACUGGGUUACUUCCUUGAGACUGGUCUACAGAGAGCCCAUGUCAUCCAUUUUAAGAAUGGAAACCUGACUCAAGGUGUUGGGCGAUUUCGAGAAAUUCUUCGAGCUGUUGAGACGAGGACAACACAGAACCUGCGCAUGACCAUAGCGAGACAGCUAGCAGAGAUCUUGCUGCGAGGAAUGUGUGAACAGAGUUACUGGUCUCCUGUGGAAGACCCACCUACUGUGUCGCCGCUGGACGAUCCCUCGCGACAAGGACACGUCCAAAGCAAGAAGUACAGCUUAAGCCGACGCCCACGAGUAUACUCGGGAGAGAAUAUUUUUUGCCCUCAGGAGAAUACAGAAGAAGCUUUAUUGUUGCUCCUCAUCAGUGAGUCCAUGGCCAACCGUGACGCUGUCCUAAGUAGGAUUCCGGAACAUAACAAUGAUCGAAUCAUCAGUUUGCAGUCAGCAUCUGUGGUGUACGACCUGCUGACUAUAGCUUUAGGCAGGAGGGGGCAGUAUGAGAUGCUGUCUGAGUGUUUGGAACGAGCUAUGAAGUUUGCCUUUGAGGAGUUCCACUUGUGGUACCAGCUUGCACUCUCUUUGAUGGCUGCUGGGAAAUCUGCUCGUGCGGUAAAAGUUCUGAAGGAGUGCAUCCGCCUUAAGCCAGAUGACCCCACCAUCCCGCUGUUAGCCGUCAAACUGUGUAUCGGACCCCUGCACUGGUUGGAUGAAGGGGAGUGCUUUGCCAAAAUGGUGAUUGACAUGGGAGAAAAUGCAGCUGAAUUUAGAGCAAAAGGCUACUUAGCAAUUGGACUUGUUUACAGCCUCAAAGCCACAGAUGCAUCAUUGCGAAGCACACAAGAGGAGUAUCAGAGGAAAGCUUUAGGGGCCUUCCAGAGAGCUCAGAGUUUGUCGCCAACAGACCAUCUAGCAGCCUUCUACCUUGCACUGCAGCUUGCUGUGUCCAGACAGAUUCCGGAGGCGCUAGGCUACGUUCGACAGGCUUUGCAGCUUCAAGGGGAUGACGUUCACUCCCUUCACCUGCUGGCCUUGCUGCUCUCAGCUCAGAAACACUACCAGGAUGGUCUUAAUAUUAUAGAAAUGGCCCUCUCUGAAUAUCCAGAGAACUUCAACUUGCUCUAUACAAAAGUGAAGUUGGAGAGCAUGUGCAGAGGAUCAGAAGAAGCUUUGCUCACCUGCAAACAUAUGCUGCAGAUAUGGAAGAGCUUUUACAACCUUACAAAUCCAAGUGAUUCCGGGCGUGGGAGCAGUUUGUUGGAUAGAGCUGUAGCGGACCGACGACAACUCAACGCCAUGACAUUGCCAGACUUCAGUGACCCAGAUACUGCCUCAGGUUCCUCCUCCUCUCACACUGGUUCGGAACCAGUAUCCCCCACUUCCCCCUCCAGCGUAUCCACGCUGUCCUCUCCACUCUCCUGCCCUUCUUCUCCAGUUUUCAUCCUUCAGCCUCCACCCAAAAAAUCAUCCUUCUUGCCUCCUCCUCCCUUGAUGAACACCAAAGCCGCAACUCACUCCUUUAGCAACCACGUCACUCUUCGCCGGCUUUCCUCCAACUGCGGCCCUCAGGACGCUAACACGCUUGGUUUUUCUUCCAUGUUUUCUGUUUGUUCUGUGCAUGCUACAUCGAUAGCAGCAAGUCGUGUGGAGCAAGCAUUGUCUGAGGUGGCCUCCUCCCUUCAGAGUAGCGCCCCCAAGCACGGACCUCUGCACCCCUGGAUGACUCUGGCUCAGAUCUGGCUGCAUGCAGCCGAGGUAUACAUCGGCAUGUCGAAGCCUGCCGAGGCUUCAGCCUGCACUCAAGAAGCUUCCAACCUCUUUCCCACAUCCCAUAAUGUCCUCUUCAUGAGGGGGCAGAUCGCCGAGCUCAGGGGCAACAUAGAUGAGGCCAAGCGCUGGUAUGAAGAAGCCCUGUCCAUCAACCCGACCCAUGUCAAAACCAUGCAGAGACUGGGUCUUAUUCUGUAUCAGCUUCAACGCUACAGUCUGUCAGAAAAGGUUCUGAGGGAUGCAGUGCAGGUCAACAGUACGGCGCACGAUGUGUGGAACAGCCUCGGCGAGGUGUUGCAAGCACAAGGGAACGCCGCCGCUGCCACUGAGUGUUUCCUCACCGCUUUGGAGUUGGAGGCCAGCAGCCCCAUCCUCCCCUUCACUAUCAUUCCUAGAGCACUAUGAGACACAUAGACAUACUAUUGGACAGGAGUAAAAAAUGUGAAGAACGCAUCCAUUGCAUUCCUGCAUGACACUUAUGGUGUUGCUGUAACCCACCCACCACCUAACCCAGCACAACAGGUGAUGCUGUUUUGCCAUGGGCGGGUAUGUACGUUGAAUUUUGACUGACAUUUCCUCCAUGAAGUCGAAUAAUUUACUCUGUUUCUGUCAUUCACAUCCUCUAGUAACUGAGGGGCCGUUUACACGACAGCGGUAACAGGGAAAAUGUUGCAAAAAAUAAAAGUUUUCCAGAUGUCCAUAUCGUUUAGAGACAGCAUUUUGGAGGGCUGAAACUGCUAAAAUCGUUCAAAAAAAAAAAAAAAAAACUUCCAGAGUGGAAAUCUUGAUGCUUCACUCUGUCGUCGCUGUCUAUGUCUGCGGUUUGCAAGAUGAGGGCGCAUCUGGCCAUCUGUCACAACUAGGGUUGUUCGGAUCAUGUUUUUUUGCUCCCGAUCCGAUCCCGAUCGUUUUAGUUUGAGUAUCUGCCAAUCCCGAUAUUUCCCGAUCCGAUUGCUUUUUUUUGCUCCCGAUUAAAUUCCAAUCAUUCCCGAUAAUUUUUCCCGAUCAUAUACAUUUUGGCAAUGCAUUAAUAAAAAAAUGAAUAAAACUCGGACGAAUAUAUACAUUCAACAUACAGUACACAAGUACUGUAUUUGUUUAUUAUGACAAUAAAUCCUCAAGGCAUUUACAUUACUUUUUGUGAGAGGGAUCCACGGAAAGAAAGACUUGUGACUUUGUAUAUUGUGACUAAAUAUUGCCAUCUAGUGUAUUUGUUGAGCUUUCAGUAAAUGAUACUGUAGCCAUGCCCCAAUACAUGAUGGCAAGUUGAACCAUGACUGUGUGUAGUGCUACCAAUUGAUAUAUCUUCCCUGCGUUGGGAAAUAAAAUAAGGUGUUGAGAAAAAGAUCAAUUGCUACCUUGCUUCCCCACAUUGCUUCCCAUGAUAUUUCUAAUCGUAGGGAGAGGGAUUGUAAGGCUUUAGUCAAUUUAAAUAAGCCUCCAAAGGCUGCCAAAAUUCACUCCACUCAUUUUAUGCUGCCUUUUAUCUCUCUAUAUAGGUAAAAUGGCGCCAUUACAGAUUGAGCGUGACAAUGCAUGAGUGGGUCGUGCAACGCAUGCAUUAAUUGUGUAAAAUAUAUUUCUUUUUAAUCAAAAUCUCUUUAUUUUUCACAAUAGUAGUGCGUUGGUUUCCAGUGUAAAAUAUUUUAACGUGAUACAUUUUUUAAAAAACGUAUUACCGCCGUUAUCGGGACAAAUUUGAUAACACUACUUUAAGCCUAAACUAAAGACUCUGGAUGAGUGUAACAUAUUAUGUCUGUAACAUUAAAUACAAUUAGAAAACGAUUUAAUUUAAAAAUAUAUAUUAAAAAAAAGGCAUGACCGAUAAUUUUUUGCCGAUUUCGAUACUUUGAAAAUGACGUGAUCUAGUCACAACAAAAAAAUCAUUGGCCAGAUAGCUAGCUCGCGCUAAUAACCUCGUUGACUGGUGUGCUUCAGGUUGGGUUAAGCAUCAGUGUUGUUAAUUUUACUUUUAAAAAAUUAGUUACAAAUUACUUCUCCCAAAAAGGAAUUUAAUAACUCAAAUUACCUCAACUUGAGAAUUAGUUACUGACGUUGCUUUUCAUGUUCUAAACGUUAUUAUAUGAGCCAUUCUUUAACAUCUUUCACAUCAAAUAUGUUAAUAUUUUUCAAUAUGCAAGUGAAGCUGUGAAUUUCUUCCCCCUUUUCCUCCCCCUCUUGUUUUGAUUUAAAAAAAAAAAAAAAAAAACAUCACGCAAUGCAUCAUUCAAAUACGUCAUUCAAGAAAAGUGUUUAGGCCAAUUGACUUUUUGGGAAUUAAAAACAAAAACAUUGUUAUUAUUUAGAGGAGUGCAAAAUUUCCGAUUCUUAGAUUAUUCGCGAUUCGGCCGUGGAAGAUUCGAGAACGAUUCACAAACAUCCAAAUUCCAAUUAUUGAAUUAUACCAGGUAAAGCGGAGAUAAAACACAGUCAGCGCGGUCUUCGGGACGCAAUGAGGAACGGACCGACAGUAAAUAUCAUGUGCAGCUAAUGCCGCUAGGUAAAAAAAAACAAUAAUACCUGACUGCGGCCGUCAGCCGCUACAAACAGCUCCCAGUUGCUAGUCGCUACAAACAUACGGCAGCAUACGGCUAUGGUAGAUAUCACAUAUAUCUAGACUAGAUGUGAAUUGACACUUUCCCGCGCUAGAAAACAGGCUCCAUCUUAAAGCAGUAGACUUCUCUAGAAGGCUCUGUUGUAGAGAACCUAAUUACUUUUUAUCUAAAAUACCCCUAAAUCGGCAAAGUCUUGACUUGGAUCUAUCUUUAAAUGAUGAAACAGUUUUAAAACAUUCACAUGUCGAAAGUAGAUGUGAGGGAAAUGAUGGAAUAACGGGCGGGAUUUUAACUUUAACGGUUCAUUCACAACAUUAAAUUAAUUGAAUAUAGUUUAAAGCUUCUGAUACAGAAUAGGGACUUGAGUAUUUUUUUAUUUACUGUUUUAAAACUGUAACUUUAAACUGUUUUUAACGGUAACUUGAUAAUAAAAUCGUAGUUUGGUUUUUUUAGCCUGAGAGGAUUUUUGAACAAUUUUGGAACAAAUAUACAAAACUUUUUUUUUUUUUUAAAUGGGGACGGGGGGGGGGCAUCAAUAAUCGAUUUAUAAUUGAAUCUGAGUCUCUGAAUCGUAAUCGAAUCGUUAGGUGCCCAAAGAUUCCCACCUCUAGUUAUUAUAUUGUAGCAUCUACAAGGACAACACCCACUAGGUGAUGAACAGGAAAAAAGUUCAUUAUUUUCAAUGAAUUGUACCCACCUGAACGCCGCGAACUGUUGCCCGGGUGUUUAAGACAGGGGUCUCCAAACUGGUCCUCGAGGGCCGCUAUGGGUCCUGGUUUUUGUUCAUACCGAUCAAGCACAGACCUUUUAACCAAUGUGGUUUUUACUAAAACAAGCAGAACCUGACUGCAGUCAACUGAUUGCACUUAUAAAACACCAGAUUGGUGAAAAGGUGUGGUUUGGUUUUGUUGGAGUGAAAUCCUGCACCAACUGCGGCCCUAUGUGGAAUAGUUUGGAGACCACUGGUUUAAGAUGACACUCACCACGCUAAAUGCUAAUGCUAGCGAGAACACGAAUGCUAUGCUAACACUCAGAGCAACCUAGCAUCACGUUUGCAAUGGCGUUACAACCCCCUUCCCAUCAUCCCCUCUCCCGCUUUGCUCUCUCCAUGUCUCUCAGACAUCUCUAGUCAUUCAACCAAAUUGUAGUAACGCAUGCCUUCACAUCAUCAGUAACGGUAACGGCGUUGCAAAGAUGGUUAAAGUAAUGAAUUCGAUUUCUCACUACUGACAAAUAUAAUGCUGUUAGCAACGCUGUUAUACUCUUAACGCUGUUAUUAACAACACUGUUCGGUAUACACCACAUGCCAGUGACGCCCUCAUUACCAGACACGCCGCAGUCUUGCAAGCCUCAAAGUGACUUUCCUCCAGAUUUCCCCACACAAAUCAGUCACGUAAACACAGAAUUAUUUCACAUUUUGCGUUUUUGCUUCAGACUGUUGUAAUGAAAAUGUGGCCUAAGAGGUACACUGCUGGCCAAACAUAUUGGCACCCCUGCAAUUCUGUCAGAUAAUGCUCAGUUUCUCCCACAAAAUGAUUGCAGUUAAUGCGUUGGUAGAAAUAUUUUCAUUGAUUUUGUUUGCAAUGAAAAAACACAAUGAAUUUUUUUUAAAAAUCAUUAUCAGAGCUCUCCAAAGGUGUUCUAUCGGAUUCAGGUCUUUAAUCAUUGCUGGCCACUUUAGAAGUCUCGAGUGCUUUUUCUCAAACCAUUUUCUAGUGCUUUUUGAAGUGUGUUUUGGGUCAUUGUCCUGCUGAAUGACCUCUGAGGGAGACCCAGCUUUCUCACACUGGGCCCUACAUUAUGCUGCAAAAUUUGUUGGUAGUCUUCAGACUUCAUAAUGCCAUGCACACAGUCAAGUAGUCCAGUGCGAGAGCAAGCAAAGCAACCCCAAAACAUCAGGGAACCUCCGCCAUGUUUGACUGCGGGGACCAUGUUCUUUUCUUUGAAGGCCUUGUUUUUUUUCCCCUGUAAACUCUAUGUUGACGCCUUUUCCUGGUCUCAUCUGACCAGAGAACAUUCUUCCAAAACGUUUUUGGCUUUCUCAGGUAGGUUUUGGCAAACUCCAGCCCAACUUUUUUAUGUCUCUGGGUCAGAAGUGGGGUCUUCCUGGGUAUCCUACCAUCGAGACACUUUUCAUUCAGAUGCCCACAGAUAGUAUGGGUUGACACUGUUGUACCAUAGUCGAGGUUCUUUAUUCACCAGCCACACAAUCUUUCGUUGAAAUCUCUCGUCAAUUUUUCUUUUCCGUCCACAUAUACAGUAGGGAGGUUAGCCACAGUGCCAUGGGCUUUACACUUAUUAAUGACACUGCGCACGAUAGACACAGGAACAUUCAGGUCUUUGGAGAUAGACUUGUAGCCUUCAGAUUGCCCAUUCUUCCUCACAACUUUGUUGUUCUUUUCUCCAGGACACUGGAAGGAGGUUGUGUCAACUUUAAUCCAUUUUAACUGGUUGCAAGUGUGAUUUAGUUAUUGCCAAGUCAUAGAUGCUGUUAAUUACACAAAUUAGAAAAGCAUCACAUGAUUGCAAGCAAAAUCAAGGAAGAUGUUACUACCAAUGCAUUUGUAAUUGCAAUCAUGUAGAACUACAAGGGUGCCAAUACUUUUGCAGCAGCAGUGUAGAUGAAGCACUGACAACAAACUAGCUAGCGCAUGCCCCGACGAUACAGCUGCAAAACUAACAUUCUCAUGAUGCUGGUCAUUCUGUGCACCAGCCGAAAUAUCAAAAUGCAGACUUGGAUCUACACUCAACGCUUUUUGGAAUGGAUUCGUUCUGCUGAGAUGCAUAUGAUCUGUGUCUUUAGCAAAACAGCAUUUCCAUUUCAGAAUUGGAAUCACCUUUAUUGGCAAAGUAUGUUAGAAACUUUUUCCAAGUUACUUGAUUGAAAUGUUCCUUCUAUGUUGUGUAAUGCUGUUCCUUUUGAGAUUCUUGUUACUGUAAGCCAAUAAGGUAGACCCACCUGUUUACCAAGAUUGAAAUGAGAUGAUGUUUAAACAGUGCCUGAAGCUAAAGCAGGCACGAACUAGCCUGGCCUAGCCUGUUAGCAGCACAGCUACAGACCUUAGUUUCAUGUCCCCAUUUGGACACAGAAGGAGCAUUCAUGUUCUCGUGACCAUAUUUGCCAAAAUAGUUGUUACCUUGACACCUACGGACAAACAAACAAGCUAUUUUGGAGGAAAAUGUCAUUGAAUCUUGAUGCGCGUAGCUAAAAAUGAAACCCGGUGUCUUUACCUGUUUUAAAUGUUCAGAUUUUUGUUUUACAGCAAAUUGAAGGUGUAAUGGUUGUAUAUUUAUAGUGCCAUGUGUAUUAUUUUAGAAAAUAAAUUAUAAUUCUAUUUUCUGCACAGAGCAUGUUAGCAAGAGUGCUAAGGGUGUACUCUCAAUGCUGUAAAAUAUGGACUGUCGAAGAUGAUGAAAUUAAAAUCAGUUUUUUUCUUGUU